CAGAUUUCGACAGCCACAUACCUCCUCAAUGCCACCAUCGCCACCACCACCAGCACGACAGGAUAGACAGUCCGCUCCUUGGCACUGCCCUCCUCUCGCGUCACGCUUCAGGGCGGUUGUCAUCGGUGCAGGGGUCUCCUCCCACUGCUGCAACAAGACAUCAUGCUGUACCCUUUACUCCUCCCAGGAUGCUGUCACUGUUUUGCUUGGGUGCGACGAUCCCUUGACUGGCCACCCCAGUCCAGAAGCUUCGCACUGGGCAAUGAUGAACUCGUGGACGGGUUCAAAUAAUGCAACCCUCCUUGACUGGAGGGGUUUGUCUUAAACCUGCGCGAUCCCCCAGUCUGGUUGCUCUCCCUUUCUGUAUCUCUUCCCUCGAUUUGGCCUUGUCUGCUACCAAAGAUGGCGGAACCCACUGAAAAGGAAAUCGUUUCACACGAUGAAUCUGCGUCUUCGCGGUACGAUGCCUCUGGCACGAACCGCGACAUCGAUCCCGAGAAACUCAACGACCCCAGAAUGCAGAAAUUGGCUGGUGAAAUUACAUAUGAGGAUGAGACAGAUCCAGUGAACAGGCAGCACAACCCGCUUGCUCAAAAACUGCGGUCGCGCCAUAUGCAGAUGAUUGCAAUCGGCGGCUCGAUCGGUGCGGGUCUAUUCGUCGGUUCUGGCAGUGCGCUGCAUAAAGGCGGCCCUGGAAGUGUGCUGCUCGGCUUCAUCAUCAUCGGCUUCAUGUUGCUCUGCACGAUGCAGGCGCUCGGUGAAUUGGCUAUUCUGUAUCCUGUCAACGGCGCUUUUUAUACCUACAUUGUUCGAUUCGUCGACCCCUCCCUCGGUUUCGCGGUCGGUUGGGAUUACGCCAUUGGCUGGCUGACCGUCUUGCCCUUCGAACUUACCGCGGCGUCAAUCACGAUUGAAUAUUGGAGAGACGACAUCCACGUCAGCGUCUGGAUCACCGUGUUCUUGGUCUUUCUCUGUCUGGUCCAGAUCUUCGGCGUCCUCGGCUACGGUGAGGUGGAAUUUGUGCUGGCGAUGAUUAAAAUCACCGCUUGCGUAGGUUUCAUCAUCUUCGGGAUUGUGGUUGAUUGUGGCGGCGUCUCUUCCGAUGACCGUGGCUAUAUUGGUGCUCGCUAUUGGCACAACCCUGGCGCUUUUCAGAAUGGAUUCAAAGGCUUCUGCACUGUCUUUGUCACGGCGGCCUUCGCCUUCGGUGGAACCGAGCUUGUCGGAUUGGCGGCCGCCGAAGCUGCUGAUCCUCAUCGCUCCCUGCCCAAAGCGACCCGGCAAGUAUUCUGGCGGAUUGCGACAUUCUACGUCCUUUCCCUUUUCAUCGUCGGUCUCAUCGUCCCGUCUGACAGCCCCGACCUUCUGGGAGCCAGCGGUGCCAAUACGAAAGCCUCUCCUUUUGUCCUGGCUAUCAAGUACGCCGGUGUCAAGGGGUUGCCAUCCGUCAUGAAUGCGGUCAUUACCAUUUCUGUCAUUAGUGUCGCUAAUAGCUGUACUUAUGGCUCCUCGCGCACCAUGCAGGCUCUCGCAGCGAGAGGAAUGGGGCCGAAGUUUUUGAUGUAUGUCGACAGGCAGGGGAGACCACUGUGGUGUGUCGUGAUCCAGCUCCUAUUCGGCUGCCUCGCGUACAUUGGUGAGGCUAAUGCUUCGGACACGAUCUUCACCUGGCUGCUCUCGCUGUCUGGGCUGAGCUUUUUCUUCCUGUGGAUGAGCAUCAAUCUCGCACAUAUUCGGUUCCGACACGGAUGGUAUGCCCACGGCUUCACCAAACAUCAACUACCCUAUCAAGCCGCUUUCGGCAUCUGGGGAUCUUAUAUUGGAGUCUCCUUGAACGUCUUGGCCAUCAUCGCGACAUUCUACACAUCGCUGUUCCCGCUGGGAUCCAGCCCUGACGCCGAGGUGUUUUUUGAGAAUUUCCUCGCUGCGCCGAUCGUCAUCGCCUUAUAUAUCGGGUGGAAACUCUGGUCUCGCGACUGGAAGCUCUUCAUUCGUGCCAGCGAGAUGGAUGUCACGAUGGGUAUUAGGAGAGGAAGCUUGGAGAUUGCGGCGGAGAAAGGGCGAAGUGGGUGGAAAAAGGCACUCCGGGUGUUUAUUUGAAGUCUGAGCGAGUUCUGGUGAGCCUACCGUGAGCGUGGCCGAGCAACUCCCUGAGUCUCCCUAAGCGCGAGGUAAGGGAACCUGAGUUGGCUCCCUUCGCUCGACUACCUAGAUGACUCGAGAACGAAAAACCUGAUUGCCAUCCA